GCGAUGAUAGUCCAUCAAGGUCGUCACAACUCUUUUAAGAUCAGUUAAUGCGUGGAUUAAAAAGAAUAAAAAAUUGAUCAACUUUUAGAGUGGCUAUCAUAUAAUGCGACUGAUCUGGAGAGCUGUGACCGAGACGUCCAAGGUACUUGCGAAAUCCUACUCAUUGUCAGGUACGUCAAACUUCAAAUCAGCUGUCGCAGUUUCGUCGGUGAGAAAAAUGGCGUCGGAAGUUGAAAAGGCACGGACAGCCGUCCCCGGUGGCGACACAAUAUUCGGAAAAAUAUUGAGAAAAGAAAUACCUUGCAAAUUUAUCUACGAAGAUGAUCAGUGCGUAGCUUUCCAUGAUGUGAACCCGCAGGCGCCUAUUCACUUUUUGGUAAUACCGAGAGAACCUAUUGUACAACUAUCGCAGGCCAAAGAAGACCACAAGCCGCUAUUGGGUCACUUGAUGUAUGUCGCACAAUCUGUCGCAAGUCAGCUGGGUAUGGAGAAUGGUUUUCGUCUUGUCGUUAAUAAUGGUGCCGAUGGAGCUCAGUCUGUCUAUCAUUUGCACCUUCACGUUCUUGGGGGCAGACAACUACAGUGGCCACCUGGCUAAUCGAAGAUAGAGAUCGAUACAUAUCUAUUUGCUUUGGCGACUCAAGAUCCUUUGUACACGGCUGUCAAAACUUUUGAGUAAAUGAAAUAUUUAGCUCAUCAUA